GUCGGCAUGCGUGAAGACGCUUCCAAAGGGGACAGAAGCACAGCCUUGGAUGCGGCAGCCAUCGCGGCGGCGAGGGCACUUCUGGAAAUCGUUCCUUUCAAAGACUCGAGAAGCAUACAAGAGCACCGCGCUUGCGCCCAUGAUGCCGCCGGCGCCAGAGCGCGCAGAGAGCGCAGCUGAACCUGGACCUGCCGAGGAGCCGGCAGCAGAGGCAGAGGAGCUGCCUGCGUCUGUGCCACCCGACGAGGAGGUUCCGGAUAGAGCCCUUGGCAGACGGUCAGUCUUCUUCAUCGAGUUAUGCAGCCUCGGGGCUUGGAGGUUCGACUUGUAG